AUGGCACUGUACUUGGUUACAGACGCAUUCAAAAAACUUGGCUCGCCAGGUGUAAAAAAUGAUGAUUUCUACGAUCGACUGAGUCGCAAAUACUCCAUGAUCUUACUUGGUGUUUCAUUUCUCAUCAUCAGUUCAUCGCAAUUUAUCGGCAGUCCAAUCAACUGCUACACGCAAAACAUGGCUUCUCAUGUAACUUAUAUCAAUUGGGUGUGUUGGAUUAGUUCUUCGUAUUAUCUCCCAUUCGAUAAACCCCUACCAAAUCGUUUUGAAAAAACACCUGAGAAAAUUCCAUAUUAUCAAUGGGUGCCAUUUAUCCUACUCUGUAUGAUGUUUCUUUUCUAUGUUCCUGGUUUUGUCUGGCGUAAUUUGAAUAAAGCAUGCGGUAUCAACACGAAAGUGAUUACAAAAAUGGUUACAGAUAUGGAUCAAUUAGAUGGUGAAAAGCGUGAAGCAGCCGUGCGUGCUCUAGCCAAACAUGUCGAUAAGGCCUUAGCAUAUCAUCGCGAAUACGAAUAUGGUUUCAUGUAUAAUGUUCGUCAGCGUGUUGGUUCGAUAAUUUGUUGUUCAAUGGGUCGCCAUUCUGGCAAUUACUUAGCAUUUACUUAUGUCUUAGUCAAAUUACUUUAUAUCUUUAAUGCCAUCGGGCAAUUAUUUCUUCUGAAUGUCUUCAUGGGUCGCGGUUUUACAUUUAUUGGUUUUGAAACCAUCCAUCGGUGGUGGAACAAUCAGGAGCUUGAAGUUGUCGAACGUUUUCCACGUAUCACUAUGUGCAAAUUCAUCAUCCGAACACUGGGUGAUAAUAUUCAACCGUAUGAUGUUCAAUGUCUUCUCCCAAUCAACAUUUACAACGAAAAGGUUUUUAUGAUUAUCUGGUUUUGGCUGGCAUUUGUUACUAUUGCAUCUGUCUAUGGUCUUGUCAAAUGGUUCUACUAUUUCACAAGUGAUGCUCGAAUCAACUUUGUUCAACGCUUUUUGGAAGCGAAUGAAAUUCGUUAUUCGAAAUCGUCGAAAACUCGCCUGAUGAUAAAAAAUCAAGAUGAUGAUCAUGCACCAGUCAAACGUGUAGAUGAUUUUGUUGACCACUAUUGUCGACAGGAUGGUCUCCUUUUGUUACGCAUCAUUAAAAAGAAUACGAAUAAUGUUAUUGCUGGUGAAGUCGUUUGUGCCUUAUGGAAUAAUUGGAAAGUUCUACCACAGAUUCGUUUCAAUACAUCAUUGGAAUCAGAUAACGGCGGACAAAUUCUUGGCUUGGGAGUUAAAAGUCCACUGAAACAGAAUAAUUUAGGUGAAGUCAACGAAAAAUUAUUGCCACCCAUGUGA